GUUGGAAGAAAAAAAUGGCGGUUGUUAUUGACAUCGUUAGCUCCAUUGUCGCCAAAGCAAAGGAGUAUGUGAUCGAUCCAAUUAAAAAUCAGAUGAACUGCAUUUCCAAUCAUGAGAACAAUGUUAAGAGUCUCGUGCAUAAAGUUGUGAGCCUGGAGGAAGCUAGAGAAAGAGUGCUGCAUGCUGUUGAUGCUGCUACUAGAAAAGGAGAAAAGAUUGAACAUGAUGUCCAAAGGUGGCUGACUACUGUCGACAAGAUCAUCGCUGAAGAUGUAAGGAAAGUAAUGGAAUAUGAAGAAAAAGCAAAGAAAAAGUGUUUCGUUGGCUUGUGCCCCAAUUUAGGGGCUCGUUCCAAGCUUAGUAUGGAAGCAGAAAAGGUGGCGAAGGCUGUUUCUAAGCUACUCAGUCAGAGAAAUUUUGAUAGGGUUUCAUAUCGUGUCGCCCCACAUGGUAUCAUAGCCGCAUCAUUUGAAGGUUUCAAAGCAUUCGGGUCAAGGACGCUGAUUUUGAAUGGAAUCAUGGAGGCACUGCAAGAUGAUAGUAUCAAAAUUGUAGGGGUUUACGGUAUGGCUGGCGUAGGCAAAACCACGCUGGUCAAAGAAGUCGCUCAACUAGUCAUGGAGAGAAAUUUAAUUGAUUCCGUACUUAUGGCAUUUGUAACUGUGACCCCUGAUGUUAAGGAAAUUCAGACACAAAUUGCGGACUUAUUGGGUUUAAAAUUUGAGGAACAAAGUAUGGUUGUAAGGGCACUUCAACUACGAGAAAGAUUAAGCAAAGAGAGGAAAAUUCUUGUUGUUUUAGAUGAUAUUUGGGCAAGAUUAGAUCUUAAGGAAGUUGGGAUUCCUUUUGGAAAUGAGCAUGAGGGAUGCAAGAUAAUACUAACUUCUAGAUCUCUUGAUGUUUUAUCAAGUGGGAUGGGUACCCAGAAAAAUUUUGCAGUUCAUGUUUUAAAUGAGGAAGAAGCCUGGGAUAUGUUUAAAGAGACGGCUGGUGACGAUGUUCAAAGCAGGGAUUUACUGCCUAUAGCUAUCAAGGUAGCAAAGGAAUGCGCGGGACUGCCACUCGCCAUUACAACUGUUGCAACUACUUUGAAAAACAAAAGUUUGUUUGUAUGGAAGAAUGCUUUGCUUCAAAUGAAGAAUCUUUCAUUUAGAAGUAUCGGUGCGGGCAACCUAUAUUCAGCUAUAGAGUUGAGUUAUAAUUGUUUAGAAAGUGAGGAGGUUAAAGCGAUUUUCUUGCUUUGUGGUUUUAUCGGUCAUCACGGGCUCAUUGAAGACUUGCUGAAGUACGCUUUUGGUUUGGGAUGUUUACGCUUCGUCCGGACAGUAGAAGAAGCGAGAGAUAGUGUACUGACAGCAGUGACUGUGCUCAAAGCGUCUUGUUUGUUGCUCGAUAGUAAUGAUAAUGAAAGGUUUGAUAUCCAUAAUAUUGUUUUGGGUUUUGCUAUGUCAAUUGCAUCAAGGGACUACAAUGUGUUGGUGAGAGAUGGUGUUGUGCUCGAGCAGGGCUAUAUGGAGAUGGAAAAUCGCAGUUGGAUUAAUUUACGUUAUCCUCGUGUACGUGAGUUUCCUGAUGAGGUGAAGUGUCCCCAUCUUUCCCUUUUCUGCAUGGCCACUGACAAUUCCGUGAAAAUUCCAGCCACCUUCUUUGAACAAACAAAAAGACUCAAAAUCUUGGAUUUAACCGGAAUGCAUUUUUCAUACCUACCUGGGUCGAUUUAUCCCCUAAAAAACCUUCACACUUUGCGUCUACAUCAGUGUGCACUGAAAGACAUAACCAUUAUUGGAGGACUCAAGAAUUUAAAAGUCCUUAGCCUUGCGCAAUCAGAUAUAAAUGCACUACCCUGGGAGAUAGCACAAUUGACUCGGUUAAAUUUGUUAGACUUGAGUAAUUGUACUAAACUCGAAAUCAUCCCACCAAAUGUCUUGUUGAAAUUGUCCAUGUUAGAAGAAUUAUACAUGGACAAUAGCUUUGUUCAAUGGGAAGAUGAAGCACUUGGCAGUAAAAGAAGAAAUGCUAGCCUUGGCGAAUUGAACUAUUUGUCUCAUCUAACAACUUUGUAUGCUCAUAUUCCUAAUGCCCAAAUAAUUCCAGAACGCCUGUUCAUUGAGACACUGAAGAGAUACAGGAUUUUUAUUGGUGGUGAUGCGUGGGAUUGGUCCAGUGAGUUUGAAUACUCAAGAACACUGAAAUUCAGGUUAUAUACAAGCACCAAGCCACUUUUCAAUGAACAGAUUGUGUUCCCCAGCUUGGAGGACUUGCACUUGUCCAGACUCAACAUUGAAAGGAUAUGGCCUAUUCAACUUGCAACAACGUCUUAUUUCGCUCCAAGUUUGAGAACAUUGAUUGUUGAUGGUUGUGGUAAUUUGAAAUAUCUACUAUCGCUCUCUGUGGCUAGAUGUCUAGUGCAGCUCAGGCGUCUUGAGAUAAUUGACUGUCGGAGCAUGGUACAAGUUGUUGAAACAGAGGAAAAGCUAUACGAAAUAGCAUAUAUGAUUUCCUUCCCUUGUCUAACGACCAUGAAGAUAAAAGAUCUUCCAGAGCUCACCGGAUUCUACUCAGGAAAUGAUAAUAUUGUAUUCCCAUCCUUAGAAGAAGUAACCGUGGAAUGCUGCCCCAAUAUGAAGAUCUUCUGUAAUGGAGUUCUUGAAACGCCAAAGCUUAGGAAUGUACAGAUAUCUGAAAGGGAACAUAUAGGGUGUCGGGUGGGAGAUCUUAACACCGCCAUUCGGCAGUUCGACAUAGAAAAGUUAAAAAAAAGGGAUAAAGCCGAAGGAGAAGGUGAGCUUAUGGUAGAAGUUGGAAUAUCAGGCAAACAAGGAGAGGAAGCUGUACAGCAGGAAGCAAUGCUAAAAGAGAAAAAAAUUGAGAUCUUAUUAUCAUCACCAAUUGAUAUGUCUAGCCGUGCAAUUAAAUAUGAAAAAGAUCAGAGAGCUGUACCAGAAAAGGCCGAGGAGAUCAAUGAAGCAGAAGUGAUUUCAGAACGUGAUCCUGAAUUUGGAAAGAUACAACGCUUACCUGAUGAUGUUGAAGUGAACAGAGAAAGAACAAGUACUCCAGUUGAGAAACCCUUGUCGGCAACAGGUGAGGUUAAUGCAUGUAGUUUAGUAGCAAUGACAAUAUACAAUAUCUUCUUUGCCAAAAGUUUUCUUACCCGAGCAAAAUCUAAUCAAGCCUUGUUCCUUUUGAAACAGAACAUGUACCAUCUUUGGCAGCAGAAAAUCUGGAGAUUAUUCCCGAUGAAAAUGAAGGGACAUUCUCUAGCCAUGAAAUAGAAAUGGAGGCUGCUCAUCGUCAGAAGGAAGAAGAUCUUGAAGAGACGGAAAAUGUCAGUCAACCGAGUGAACCUGCUUCAAC